AUGUCAGAACCCGACUUGCUGCACCACUACAAGGUGCUCAAACAGUUUCUUGAUAUCCUGGAUGACCUGGGCAGCAGGACAAAGCUGAACCUGCUGCGUGCCAUGCGGGCCAGAGAAAAGCUCCUCAAAUUACUGGGAGCUCAGUUUCGUGAAUUAAGUACCGAUGUCUACGACGAGUUGAAACGUCGAAUUGACGAGUCACAGGCAGAGCCAGACUUCUUGCUUCCCAAGCUGACGUUCCAUCCUAAAAGAAACCAGGCCAGACAAAAGCUCUCGCUGUUGCCUCAAACCAGGUUCAAGGACUUGGUGCUGGAUAUCAGCUACGAGAUCUCUAGAAGAAACUUGCACAUCCCGCCCGAAAAGCUGGCACCACCAUCGGAAACUGCCUCAGACAGGGAUAUCCGCCGCUCUAACGACACAGAGCCUUCAGUUCCUUCCGCUCCCUCGGUGCGCUCAGAUCGCGAUCAGAGCCACCAUAUCGAUGGCCCACAAGAUGUAUCUCAUCUGACCAUGGAUGAGCCUGCCGCUAACUCAACGACGCAAGAUCCGGACAUUCUGCAGCUCUCCCAUGAAGAGAGCAAGCAGACCAUCGCAGUGCAGCCCACGACGGUCAUUCCAACUAAGGCGAACUUGACGUGGUCCAGUGACGAAGAGGAAGAGGAAGAUCAUAGGGCUAUUAAGGGCGCCGCUGCUGGGGCAGGCGUUGGUGCGGCAGCAGGUAUUGCAGCCAAGAGCCUCAUGCCGAAUGGAGACAGCAAGGAGCUAGAGGAUCUCAAGCUGGCGCUUCAGAAAGCUGAAGAGCGGGCCAGUGAGCUUGAAAGAGCGAACGAGGAGCUUAAGAGCAACCUAGCUACAACCCUAUCUCAGAAAGAUACACUUGAAGCCGAGAACAAACAGCACCUUGCGAGAGGCACUGAUACUAAGGAGCUCAAUGCUCUCAGAGAUGAAAUUGAGGGCUUGAAGUCUUCCGCUGCGGCAUUGAGGUUGGAGAACCAGGCUUUGAAGAACAAGAAUUGGAAAAAUUCUCGUCACCAAUCGCGUGACCUCGCUGCUCUUUCUAGAGAGAACUCGCUGUCGGGCCAAUUGGCUUCGCUGCCAGGCCAGCUGGGAUCUCGUCCUCACUCUGGCUCCCUCAACCAUGCAGUUGACCUCGCUGCUAGAGGCUCACCAACUCACUCGCCUUCUAGAAGUAUCGCCUCAAAUCGUUCGGGCCCUGAUGUCAAUAGCGAGUUGAAGAAGCUCCACGAGAAGAUGGCUGCCUUGGAUGCGCCACAGAACUUGCCCUCCACCUCGAGAAGAGAAUCUCUGUUGAAGGCAGAGGCAUUGAAGUGGCAAGAAAGAUACCAGGAUGUCCAGGCAGGUAUUAUCAAGAACAAUCUCCUAUCAAGCCUGCCUCAAUUGCAGAAGCAUGUGUCGCCUUCGGGCUUAAUACCCUCACAGAAUGCUUCUGACUUUUUCGCAUCCAUCGAAGCAUUUUUGAUCAGCCUUUAUGAUGACGAGGCAGAUUCAGAGCUUCUCUUUGAAAGAAUAUCCAAUGUUGCCCUUCUAGCGAACAAACUUGCUUCAGUUGGCAAUAAGAGCGCCCUUUAUGAAAACGACCAUCUCGCUGUUAAUGUCAGAGAAGCCGCUGGUCAUUCUUUGACUGCCACAAGAUAUUACGGCUCGAAUAAGAAAAUUCUUCCUAGAGUUGUUGUCGAGAGAAGCGUCGACGAACUUGCAUUCACCGUGUGUGAUCUCGUGUCCACAUGUAAAUUAUCUGACGGCACCGUUCCCCAAGAACAACCAAUUCCUGUUCCUGAUCAAUCUAAAGAUUCCAAUGAUGCUAUACGACCCCUCAAAAUCGGAAGAUCGACCAACCUCAGUCCUCCAGAGGACAAUCACAGUUACAACGACCAGUCUCGCGGUUUGAGCCCGAUGGAAGACUUUUCGACACCUAGGCUGCGGGGCUUGUCCGCUGACAAUCUACAGCGUCAAGACGAUGAGCCUAUAGACAGCCCUAGUCCAUCUAAGAUUCUUCCAGGAUCAUUGCCAGUAAACGAAGCUGUCGAUCAGGAAAAUACAAAGAAGGAGGAGCCAGUGAAGAAGUUGACCAUGUUCGAAAGACUUUCGGGCACGAGGAAAAAGGAGACUAAUUUAUCCGAACCAGCUCCUCCUCAAGAGUCUGUGAAGCCCAGUGAAUCUACAUCGAGCCCUGCCAACUCAAGCAGUGUUGGUGCCACCGGUGCUGUAGCGGCUGGAGCCCUUGGAGCUGCUGCUAUUGGGGCCUCUGCCGUUGGUGCCACUACUACCGGUGCUACUGCUAACGGCACCGAUGAUUCAGCUAUUGCUGGCGAUGCCAAGGAUUUGGAGUCGAAAGAUCGCUCUUUGACCGAGUCCAACACAAGCUCUAAAGCAGAAGGCCUCAUCAAUAAGAAGGUCCCCGAAUCCUCUGAGGGUGGCAGAAGUCCUUCGCAGAAUAAGGAAAACUUAGCUCCAUCAACUCCACACUCUGCUUCUAAGACGAAUAUCUUGGAUAAGGUGAGACAAUUCGAAAGUCCAGAAGAAUCGCCUUCAAACAGACUCAUCUCCAAGACGAAAUCUCCCUCUCUGAUGUCAGUCAAGAAUGCGAAGGAGUUAUUUACUGAAAAAGCUGCCGAAUCAGCAAGUCCGAGCCAACUGAGCCCCAAUGCAUCUAAAUCGAACGACAACACCCCUACAAGAAGCAGAAGUCUAUUCCAGACUUUGAGGAACAAAUUCGCUGGUGAGGCAAAGACUGAAGAGGCAAAGGCUGAAGAGGCGAAGGCUGAAGAGGCGAAGGCUGAAGAGGCGAAGGCUGAAGAGGCAAAGGCUGAAGAGGCAAAGGCUGAAGAGGCAAAGGCUGAAGAGGCAAAGGCUGAAGAGGGAAAGGCUGAAGAGGGAAAGGCUGAAGAGGGAAAGGCGAAUGAAGAUGACGAGCCCAAGGAGACCGAAAGGCAGACUGUUCAGCCAGACGUCCUUCCGGAAUCAAACGGCAAGCAUGUGGAUGUGAAGGAUAGUGUCACUAAGGCUGCUGUUGGUGCUGCUGCUGGCGCAGCAGCUUAUGUGGGAGCUGAUAAGGUUGCUGACAGCAUCAAGAAACUGGACGAAAAGCCUACUGAUGAUGGUGACUUGAAUAAAGAGCCAGUGGACAAGUUCUCUGACGCACAAAACCACGAAGUAACCCAAAACGAGGAACCCAUUGUUACUAAGUCUGAAGCAAGAUCCAUAGAAGCCGAUGAAGAGCAGGGGUUGAAACCUAAACCCUCUUUGAAGUCGCUUUCAGGAAAGCUGCCAUCAUUCAAAGUGAAGAAGGUCAACUAUGCUGAAAAGCAGGAAGAGUCAGAGGAAGAAUCUGAGGAGGAGGAGGACAGCGACUACGAUGAUCAAGAGGAAGAAGCUAGACAAAGGCAGGAGUACAGAAAGUCCAUGGCUGCUGCGACGUUUAACUUCGAUUUGUUCGACAUUGAUGACCCUGACAACACAUUGACGCAAGUUUUGCUUUACUUGGAGCAUCAAACAGUGCAGGUUAUUUCGACCAUUCAAGACUUGUUAACGGCGAUCAAGAAGCCAGAUGCCACGCGUGGUGAGUUGAGAGAGAAUUCCAAGGCUAUUUCAGAGGUGAUCAAACAGAUGGCAGAUGCUACUAAGACUUCCAUGAAUCAGACGAGGAAUCAUCAAUUGAAGGAGCACGGUUCAUGGGUGGUGACAAGUUUAGAGGACUGCAACCACCGCAUGAACAACCUUUGCCGUCCUAACGCGGACAAGAGCGACGAGGAAUUCGCUGACAAGAAUUUCAAGCAGCGUCUUGCCGGUAUUUCUUUCGACAUUGCCAAGUGCACGAAGGAGUUGGUCAAGACUGUGGAGGAGGCCAGUCUCAAAGAGGAUAUCGCCCAGCUUGACGCAAGGCUCAACCAGCCUGAUGACGACUUGACUUAA